GGGGGCAGGGGAAGGCCCCCGCUGUCGGCAGAACCCCGCGCAGGCCCUGGCUCUCCGCCCCCUAGAUCCGUUCUCCCCCCACCGGCAGCAGGAGCGGGUCAGGCCGCCUCGCCGGAGCGCCGCCCCGCGGCCAGGGCCGGGCGUCCCCGCGCGGAGGCGAAGUGGGGGCCGCAGCAUCGCCGGGGCCGCGCCGGCGGCGGCAGCAGCAGCAGCAUCAGCCGCCCCCACCGGUCGCGGCGGACGGAAGAGGAAGUGGCGCCUCUGCGGGAGCCGGCGACGGUGAAAGGCUCCGUGGCGGGCGCGGGGAGCCCGAACCCAGCCGAGGCCCUUCCCCGAGCGGGUGGCGGCGGCUGAGGAAGAUGAGGGCCGCCGGGCUGCUGUGGGCCGUGCUCUGCGGCCUGCUGCUCCCGCCGGUAACUGCAGAUGAGGGGAUCCUGCAUGCUUCUGGAAGCGGUGUAUCUCCAGUAACAAAGGAUUACUGCAUAAUUUACAAUUCCAAUUGGGUAUCUCUUCCAAAGAGCCUGGACAAUGCUACUUUCAGGGCUCUAGAAAACCUGACUUCUACAGUACUCUGCAGUUCAUCUGAAGUUCCUUCCGGCGUAAUGAAGGACAAAGCAGUUGUAGUGAUGAGAGGAAACUGCACUUUUUUGGAGAAAGCAAGAAUUGCACAAAAUUUAGGUGCUAAAAUGCUGUUGAUUGCCAGUAAAACUAGGCUGUCUCCUCUUUCAGAUAACAAGACUGAUUUUGAAGAUGUGACUCUUCCAGUGGCUCUUAUACGAUAUAGUGACAUAGUAGAUAUGCAGCUGACACUUGGAAAUGAAGUUAAUGUGACCCUGUAUUCACCACCUUUGCCAGAGUUUGAUUACAGUAUGGUUGUCAUCUUCCUAAUUGCUGUGUUUACAGUGGCACUAGGAGGCUACUGGAGUGGAGUAGCAGAACUUGAGAAUUUGAAAGCAAUAGCAAGUCCUGGAGAGAGAGAAACAAGACGAAAGAAGGAAGAAAAUGUUACUUUCACCCCUGUAACAGUUAUCUUGUUUGUUGUCAUCUGUUGUGUCAUGCUGGUCUUGCUCUAUUUCUUCUACAAAUGGUUAGUGUAUGUUAUAAUAUCAGUCUUCUGCUUGGCAUCUGCAAUGAGUCUAUACAACUGUCUUGCGGCGUUAGUAGGAGAAAUACCAUUUGGGCAGUGCAGGAUUGCAUGUUGCAACAAAAGCAUUGAAGUGAGGCUUAUUUUUCUUGCUGCAUUCUGCAUAGCAGCAGCUGUCGUCUGGGCAGUGUUUCGAAAUGAAGAUAGGUGGGCUUGGAUUUUGCAAGACAUCUUGGGAGUUGCUUUCUGCCUAAACUUUAUUAAAACACUGAAGAUGCCCAACUUCAAGUCCUGUGUGAUACUUCUGGGCCUUCUCCUUCUAUAUGAUGUGUUUUUUGUCUUCAUAACGCCAUUUAUCACAAAGAAUGGGGCAAGUAUAAUGGUUGAAGUUGCAGCUGGUCCUUUUGGAAACAGUGAAAAGAAUGAUGGAAACUUGGUGGAAGUCCCUACUGAACGCUCAGCUCCCCAUGAGAAAUUACCUGUGGUUAUUAGAGUGCCCAGACUUGAAUACUCUGCAUCGACACUGUGUGACAUGCCAUUUUCAUUGUUGGGUUUUGGAGACAUUAUUGUACCAGGGCUUCUAGUUGCCUACUGUCGCAGAUUUGAUGUUCAGACAAGUUCAUCUUCUGUAUACUACAUUUCUUGUACAAUAGCUUAUGCCAUUGGUAUGGUGCUGACCUUCGUUGUUUUGGCAUUAAUGAAGAUGGGACAACCUGCCCUUCUCUAUCUUGUCCCAUGUACACUCAUCACUAGCUCACUUGUUGCUUGGAGGCGCAAAGAGAUGAAGAAGUUCUGGAAAGGAAGCAGUUACCAGGUAUCGGACUCCUCCAGGACGCCUUUGCUACAAGAUGAUGGAACACCUGGAUUAUACAGGAAAUGAAGAAAGCACAGCAUCAGCCAGUGAACAGCUUGGAGGACAAUAACAUGUAGGAUCUGGAUUUAAAAUAGUAUUCAAAUUUUCUACAAAUCAAUGAGAGCAAAUUUGGUGAAGUUUUACAGUAGAGUGUUUCCCACUCUGUAUAAAAGGGUUUUUAUUCCCAUACCUAUAUUUUUAUGGAAAAUAUUGUUAAUAACAUAAAAGUAAUCAAAAUAGACUUGCAUUUUUACAGCCAAACCAUAGCUAGUAAAACGGUGCCUUAUUUUGAUUUAAAUAAAAGGAUAUUUUCUAUGCAAUUUUCCAAAUGUGUUUCUAUACAGUAUAUUUUUAUAAAAGUUGCUUACCCAUAUCAGUUUGAAUGAAAUUUUUUUCUUAAUUUUGAUUAAGACUAGUCAAGUUUCAUUUAAAAGAAAAAUAAAUCACAGUACCCUUCAGAGGACUUCUUUCCAGAUUUUGAAUACAAAGAUCAAUAGUAAAGUAACUAUAGAGUGAGACUAUAGUUCCAUCACUACAAGUAAGUGAAUAAACAGCGUGAAUGUUCGUCUGUGUACUUCAUAAGCCAUAAAAUAGGUAACAGGGCAAAUUUAGCUUGGGGUUGAGAGCUCUUCCCCACCUCCUUCCCUCCCGGUAUCACUGGCUUAUGCCUUAAUUGUAAAAAUUGUUAAGCUUUGAUGCAAGUCUUUAGAUUAUACACAUCACCAACCACUUCCAAAAAAAAAAUUAAAGGGGGACGUACUUACACAGUGGUCCUGGAACUUAGGUGCAGCUUCUGGAAUAGUUGACACACAAAAUGGUGUGAAAGGCAACAGGGGUUUUGCUCAAGAAGUGCUAUUUGGGUGGGCGGGCUGUAAUGUUAACUCUGGCCUAGUUCUUCUCCUACCCAUUGAAACUAGGUCUUUAUUUGUGAUCUUCAUUUGGCUGUGGAUCAGUUCCAAGGGAUGGGGGAAGACAUGACAGGGUUUUUUAGCUUUUGAUUCUACACUUUUUUUUUUUUUUUUUAAACUAUUUUUGAAAAUUCUUUGCAAUUGAUAGACAAAACAACAGGUUUGAAUAGUGCUAGUGGUGCCUGUGUUAGUUAAGGCCAGUGCAUGUGUUUAACUUGUUUAAUCUUCAUUUGUUUUAGCUUUUAAAGACUUGGAAAAGGAGAAAUAGUUUGAAUCAUUAGUUUGCAUUUAGAAGAGUUUUGAAUUUGUUUGACACACUUUCUUUUUUCAGGAAACUGCAAAUCGAGGGGGUUUAGGUGUAGGAAAUUUGUGUAGCUGUAAUGCUAACACUUUACACCAAAGAAAAUUGGAGAAGGCAACAACAGGAGACAACUGAGUUCACUUAGUGCUAAUGUCAGGUAGUCCUUAAAAUGUUUUUCCUAUUCUUUAAACGAAUGUCAUUCCUACAGUCAGUACAAGUUCAAGAACCUGGAGAAAACAACGGAAUAAGCACAUGCUGGGCAGUGUCAAUGCAGACUUUACUGCAGUGCCUCACGCAAGUGCCUCAGUGCUCAUCUGAAGGUCACCUCCAGACAUUUAUAGUUCGUUUGGGGCAUGUCAGCUCAGGACAACUUACCCAGGUUAAAUCUAGUUUAGCUAGAUUUACUUUGGAAGUAUGCUAAUAAAGACAAUUGUAAAUCUAUAUUGGCAGUUAACAAAGGCUUACUGCAAGUGCCCUGAUUUACAUAAUUUAUAUCAAAUUUAAACUUCUGUUCCUGAGAGUCAGGAGCAGACAAACUUCCAGCCUGAGUAUCAGUUGUUGCCAUUCACGCAGAUUGACCAUGGUGCCAGUUGAUACGGGUAAGAUAACCACCUUGUUUGCAGCUUCCAUAAGAAAACAGAAAUUACUAACAGUUUUCCUAUGUUAGUAGUUGCCCCUCUUGACUUUCUUGACCUAAGCUUGAGCUGACAGCCUCAGAAUACAAUGAUCUUGUGCACCAUCUUCAAAUUUUUUGACUGGCAUUUAAUAAAUUACAGCAUACCUCAGUGUUCCAAUAGCAGACUGAAAACUUGUCUUCUGAUGUGUUGUUCUGCUCUUUGUCAGGCCCAGUAUCUGCCAAAGUUAAAUAGUUAUGAAGAAGUUUCUGAAAAUUCCUGAAAGAGAUAAAGAAGUUGUAACUCAUUCAAAGUCAUGCACUACUCGGAGCUCUCAGAAGCUUCACAAAUCUAUGUAAUAUGACUCCUUUUUCUCUUUGAAAUAAUCUGAAUGGAGGAUUUGCUACAUUUUCAGCCAUAAAUGAUAACGGAAUUAAUACAAAUAAAGAUCUUUGGCAACAUAAGGCAGCAUCAGCAGCUGGCUGUGGAAACUCUGUCUUGUUCUGUGCCUAAUUGUGCUCCAUGCCUGAUCACGCCUGAGGUUUCACACUCAUGUGCUGCAGUUUAAUGGGAUGUAAACUAACUUUUUUCUUUCAAAUGCUUAGGUGCUUUGUUUACAAAAAUUAAGAAUGGAGUUAAAAAUUUUAGAUAAAUAAUAGGUUAGUAUUGACUACUGAAAUGAGGUUUUUAUAAGUUCAAUAGAACUGAUUGCAACACUUAGCAAUUUCGAAUGUUUUUAAUAUUAAAUUUGGUUGGGCUAAACACUAUGUUAAAGGCCUUUUUGGUCAUACACAUAAAAAUCUUACUACCUUUUCAUUGUAUGUUUACUGACAACAGCCCCCUCCCUUAUGACUCAAGUUAUCAUUUUAAGAAUGUUAUUAAUAAAUGUUACUUGGAAAAAAACC